AUCAACUUUUACGCCCCCUGCGUUUUCUCGCUGGUUGAGUUUCCGUCCUCGCUGUCAUCUAACGAUACGGUUUCUAUCGUCUGACGUGGCAAUAAAAGCUCGGGAGCGAAAUAAGCUAUAAAAAAGAAUGGCUUAUUCUGAGAUUAAAGAUAAAGAAGAAAGAUUAAAGGAAUUUCCUCAUUCCUUUCAGAUGGAUCUCAUGCAGCUUGUAACUAACAAGAAACGACGAGGAAUCCUUGACAAGCUGUUGUUAGAACGUAACACUGAUGCAGAAAUAAUGUGUCCGAUAGAACUAAACAGGAACGAUAACUUUGCUUCGUUCCUACUCUUUCUGCUUAAAGAUUAUGAUGAGGCAUCAAAGAAAAACGCGAAAGUUCUCAAAAGAGAUCCCGAUAAUAUUGUGGCGCGUGCUAAUCGUGUGCGUUUCUUGUACAAGCGUGACCUGUAUGCAGCUGAUGAGAAUCUGAAAAAGCUUGAAGAAAUGAAGAAAAGGUCUUCUUAUGCAUGGAUGCAAGCAGUGGCGGACGCGGAACUAGCGUUCUGUUUGGCUAGUACUUCUCCUCCCUGCUACUUCAGAGCUGUGGAGAUCUACAGAUCAGUUAAUGACAGGUAUCCGUCUGAAUAUCUGUGGAAGUUUGGCGAGGCGCUAACCAUAAGACGCGGAAUCACUCUCGGCAGCUGUUCAAAGGAAUUUGUUUCCGACAUUGUAGCAAACACAGUUCACUGUAACAAGUUACUCCUGGAAAUAGCAAAAAAGGCUGACAAACCACUAAAUGCCAAGGCUUGGGUUCAGCUAGGAGACCUAAGUAAUUCGGUUACUAAUCUGUAUCCACCAUUUGACAAAAAUAUCGUUGGACAGGUGGAGAGUGAAACAUACUUUCCACCUGCCAAAUUCUGCUUCCGGCAAGCUCUUGAACUUAAUGAUGAUGACGCCUUCGUUUUGGAAAGAAGUGGUAGAUUUUUCCGACAUAUGGGAGAACUAAAGGAAUCAGAAAGAUUGCUUACAAACGCCAUUGCACGUCGACCAACGUCAUUUUCACACCAACAUCUUGCUUUGACAUUAAGGAAAGUUGCUGAACGUCGGAGUAGACAAACUAAAAAGAACACUGGAACUGGACAGUCUACACCGUCGUCGUCACUCUGGUUAAAAUUCCUAAAACAAAAUUUCACAUUUUCCAAAGAAGAUCCACUCAUAAAAAGGGUUAUUUAUCAUUUACAAAAAUCAGCAGAUAUAUCCCAAGGAUGUAACUAUUCAGCACUAAAUGACCUUGCUUUUCUUUAUCUCCAAACUGAAGAGUAUUCAAAAGCUGAAGAUACCUUCAGGAAGAUAAUUAUCUCUAGUGGCGAGUUACCCAUUGCACCUGCAUUCACUGUCUAUGCCUAUGAACAAACUGGUCUCUGUUGUUUAAGGAAGAGUGAAAAGGCAGGGAUAUCUGACAAUGGCAAAGACGCAUUUUUCAAUGAAGGAAUAUUCUACUUGACCUCAGCUGUAGAAACGGCAGCGAGGCAUGCUUCUGAAAUACCCAGUCUUCAUAUGAAAGGUUACGAAGAGCGUUCGGCUUUCAGGACAGUCACAGACAUGUUGCAGAAUGAAUACGAUUCUAGAAAGGACAGAAACGUCCUGAAAGAGAUGGCACGCCUGUAUGAACUUGUCGGCAAGUAUAAGACGUCGUUGGACAUCUACAAAAAGCUUUGUCUAGAUGGUCCAGUUCAAUCUGACAGCUGUGAGAUUUCGAUACUCCUUAUUGAAAACUACCUUACAGUUAAAGACUACAACAAUGCCAAGCUGUGUCUGAGUCUUCUGCUGUGUACGUGUCAAGCUACAGAUGUUCCUCGUGAUCUCGUAAACCGGGUAUACAUGGAAACAGCGCGGAAUAUUCUACAAGAAGGACGUGAACCGCACAUGGCGCACGACUCGUUUAAGAGAGCCUUUGAGCUGAAGUACAGGGCAAUGAAAAUACAAGAUGCUGAUGGCUUUGAUGUGAUGAUUCUCCACGAUGAAGGUAACACAGAGACGUUUGAAGCCUCACAGAGUAUACAGAAGAUUCUGGAAACAUGCACAGGGCUCAGCAUCACUAGAAAUCUGGAGGCAGCCUUUGCGGCCAAAACCGAAAUAAGUUCUUACGAACUUCUUAUUGGUAGUGUCCAAGUUCUUGUGAUUGUCUUGAACCCCGACCCGCCAGACAAGCAGUGGAAGUACUGGAUUGAAUUAGCACUAACGAUUGCCAAUGACAGAAAGAACAUGACGAUCAUCUGCUUAACAACUGGAAGUGACCAUCCUGUCACGGCACUGCAAGGUUUUAGAACAGGACGAACACCGGCUGAUGAUAAAGACCACACGUGGCUGUUGGACGUGUUUCCACUUAUUAUUAACCCUUAGUAUGUGGAAAACAAAGUAGAACAACAGUGGACAUAUUGGAUUGAUCUAGCACUAACAAUCGUCAACACCAGAAAGAAUAUGGCGAUCGUCUGCUUAACAACUGGAAGUGACCAUCCUGGCGCAGGGUUGAAACAGUUUAAAAGAGGAAGAACAUAAGUUGAUGAUAAAGGCCAUAUGUGGCUGUUGGGCGUAUUUGCACUUAUUAAUUAUUAACCCCUUGUAUGUGAACAAAAGCGAAUGUAAUGAUUCAAUGGGUAGGUUUAAGGCAACUUCACUGACUCCUCUCUCACUAAACACUAACAACUAACCACUAACCAACUGUCCUGGACAGAUAGACCAGGUAGCUUUGUGUGCCCAGGACAGCGUACUUGAACCUUAGUGGGAUAUAAGCACGUAAAUAACUAUAAAUGAAAUGACGAUCAAUAUCAGUACAUUAGUUUUCAAAUUAUUAAUAAAAUAAAUCGUAAACAGCUCUGAAAGAGUCACAUUCACGAAAGACACUGCUGUGCUGGAACAUUCUCUUCUCUUAAAGAGACAAUAUCUUAUGUGCUGGAACAUUCUCUUCUCUUAAAGAGACAAUAACUGCUGUGCUGGAACAUUCUCUUCUCUUAAAGAGACAAUAUAUGCUGUGCUGGAACAGUAUCUUCUCUUAAAGAGACAGUAUCUGUUGUGCUGGAACAUUAUCUUCUCUUAAAGAGACAGUAUCUGCAGUGCUGGAACAUUAUCUUCUCUUAAAGAGACAAUACCUGCUGUGCUGGAACAUUAUCUUCUCUUAAAGAGACAGUAUCUGCUGUGCUGAAACUGUUUCUUCUCUUAAAGAGACGGUCAUCAGUUGUAAGAGGUUUCUUAUUAAUAACAUACUUUUUAAUGACUAAAAUUACGAUAUUGCUUUCUUGGAAUAAUAGAAUCUAUCUCCGUUGUGAGGUGUAGAUAAGGCAAUUCCAACACAGGAGACAACAUGUUUUUCUGUGAUCGCUGAGUAGUGUUCGAGAUUAAAAAUUUGAGGUAGUAUCCCAGUUGGAUACUAACAUUUCAAAAUCUGGUAUCCCUCCUGAGAAUUUAGUAUUCCACUUAAAUGAAAUUCAUAAAUAACAUCACAAACUUGGACGACACUGUUCUCGUUCCCAGUCUAUUGCAACGCCGCUAUUGCUCCAGUUUAGCAUUAGACUGGGUAUAAGUUGGGGGAGAUCUUGUUAUAGCAUAGCAUUAGACAGGGUACAAGCUCGAAAAUACUGUUACUUAAAUUCACCAGUAAAUGACGACGUUCAUUGUUUAGCGAAAAAUUAAAACGCAGGAUUAAAAAUCCCAACAACAUUACAUGGUAUCCCGGUGGGAUACUGUGUUCUUGAAGUCUGUAUCCACAAUUAAAUUCUGGUAUCCCCGGGAUAUCGGGAUACCGUUAAUCUCGAACAGUGAGGUUCAGCGCGGUCCUAAUAAUAUAUAUAUCAUUAACCAAUGUGUGAAAUUUGAAAGUUGACGGGGU